AUGUCGUGGUUUUCGGGGAAGAAAUUUAGGAGAGUCCGGUGCGAGAAUUUCGACGAGUUCUUGAGUUCCAAAAAUGCGUCAGAACAAGUGAUACAUCUGCUAAAGGACACCCCACCGGUCCUCUCAUUCUUAAGGCUCGACGAGGUGACGUUCCGUUUCACGUUAGAGUAUGAAGGCGAACAUCGCUGCUUCACUUUCAAAAUUGGACAAGAGCACGAGGUGGAAAGGAUGGAUGGAAGUAAGAUAAUCCUAAUAUAUAAUCUUGAAGGUGACAACAUAGUAAAGCAGACCGUAAAAAUGCCAGAUGGAAAGACGGCGUAUUUCAUAAGGGAGUUUAGUGAGACUGAAACAAAAAUGACUGUGCAACUUGAGGGUUCAGACGUCAAAGCCGCGAUAUAUUACGAGAUAGUGGAA